CAACCAGUUGAUUCACUAAUCUAGUUUGUGCGCAAAAAGUUUGCUAAAUUCCCCCACUGAUUGUUCAUUGUUCAGCUGUCUGAUCUUAGCAGCUCCAGACCUUCGAUCCUGAGAAAUGAUUCCACUGCGGGUUCCGCAGAACUCUCUGCCGUUCGUUAAGAACCUCAGGACUGAAACCCGUGAACAAUACACCAACACCUUUUACUUGAAUUAUUUUGAAGAGUUUGUUCGGAAGGACGACAAAAGCGUCCAUCCGCUGUUGGCGCCCUCCUCGCAACAUCAUCAUGGGCCGAACGAUUACAAUACUCGGGAUGUCUGCGUACUGGUGUCUCCCCAUGGCGCUGAGCAGGAAGCGGAGCAUCUCCCGGCCUGGAUUCACGAAUCCAAGGCCGGGAGAGUGCUGGUUAAGAACCCUGCAUCACCGGCGGCCAACAUGCUGUUCUAUGAAUCCCGACGCCGAAGCAUUGGCGAGCAGUUGUUUCAACGCUUUAUUAACAGCGACAUGCUGAAGCAGAUGGAUGAUUACGACUGGACUGCGUUGUUUGGAUCAUCCGGUGUCGGUCCGCUGUGUAGCAUUUGGCAACUGGAUUUUGAUAAAAGGGCUGUCUACCGCAUCGUGUCAUCGGAUGUUCAAGGACCAAAAAGAAAGCUGCUGAAAAAACUGUCGGAUGCGAAUCCCAAGUCGUUCCCAACGAGGUACUGGAACUUGCAGGUUGAUGAUGAGAUGCUGGAAAAUAUCGUAGGAUUCGGCCAGACCAAAGUACUGGCCGGUGUCGACGAGCUGGGCUUGUUGGAGGUCGGAUACAAAAACGGUCUCAACGUGCGCCAGCAACCACCACACCAACAUCAACAGCCACAGGUUGCGGUCGCCGGUGGAGGCGUUCAGAUGGCGGAUGUCGACGAUUCUGAUCACGAAUCGGUCCAACCUGAGGAUGAUACGGACAGUGACUAUGUUCCGUCGGAAACAGAAACCGAAGAAGAAGAGUUUUAGACUGAGUGUGUUAGCAUCUGAGCAACACACAAUUCGGUUUAGUUGUCCAACUUUUUCAGUCUAUUACUUGUCAGUACCUCGGCCGGUUGGUUAUUGCAUUCUUUGCUUGAGUAUGCCACAUUUUGGUCUUUUUUACGGUUUUCUUUAACCCGUCAU